CCUUCCGUCAGUUGUGUUUAUGUUUAACUUUUUAACAAAGGAUUUAUUUGCUUCUUGUCUUCCUCCUGCAGCUUGCCUCUUACAGUCCGAGUUGGUAAACUACGAGCGAGUGAAGGAGUACUGUCUGAAGGUGCUGAGCCACCAGAGAGACCACUUCAAGGCCAUGUAUCGAGCCGGCAUCGCCUUCUAUCACCUGGGUGAUUACGAAUGUGCGUUACGCUACCUGCGUGACGCCAAGAACCGCGAACCCACAGACACCAACGUGCUGCGAUACAUCCAGCUGACAGAGAUGAAGAUGAGCAAGAGUGGUCAGCGGGAUCGAGAGAGCGGCAAGGAGACCCAGGGCUGACCCUUCACAACCUCCUGACCCCUCCCACCUUUGACCCCCGGAACAACCCUACUCCGACCCGCUCCCUUUCUCUGGCUCCUCUCCUCCUCGUUUGACUCCAGACAGCAGCACAGA